AUGGCGAGGAAAGAUGCAGAAGAAAAGGCAAUCUUGGCUCGCCGAGAGCAAAGUGAAGAUUUGCUUUUCGUAUCGACUUAUGACCAUGUCGGAUCUGCAGAUAAUUGUCAUAAGUGCGGCAGUGGAAAUCUCGUCGCUCGGCCACCUCGCAUCCCAAACGGACCAGAAGUGCAUUACAGUGUCAUUGGUUCCGGGAACCAGGUGAUGAAAGAUGGGCGGAAGAGAGAUCAACUUGCGCGCCCUCUGGGGAUUCUCUGUUUUGAGAUGGAAGCAGCUGGGCUGGCAGACCAGUUCAAAUAUCGUGUUAUCACGACUACGCUGAUUCCUCUGAGAGUGAUAAGUGGCAACAAUAUGAAGGGUCGCAGCAGCGGCGUAUGCAAGAUUCUACUCUCCGAAACGCCGGUUGCUAGAAAGCACAACGGAAAAAGAUGUAUACGCCUUCCGUAUCCAACAGAGGACUAA